AUGGACUGGUGCGAGCGUCUAAACGUACUGUACGAACGCAACUGGACUAGAUUGGUGCAUGAGCAGCUUCGCAAGUUCGAGACGUCUAUAGUCGCGGCGGCGAGGCAGUCGCCCGACGCGCAGCCGCCGGAACUCGCUUUGGAGAACAAAUGGACGUUUUCCGGCGCUUUGAUUUACUGCAUAACAUUAAUUACUACAAUAGGUUAUGGUAACGUGUCACCUCGCACGCCGGCUGGUCGGGCGGCGACGGUAGCCUACGCCGCUGCGGGGGUGCCGCUGACGCUGGCAUGCUUGGCAGGCCUUGGCGCGUCCCUGGCAAGGCUGGCGAGAAUAGCUUGGUUGAAAGCCACCAAGAAUAAGAUUCCCAACACUUGGAGGAAGGACGGUGAAAUGGAAAAUCACUUCCAACUCCAUGAACAACAACGUCUUCUUCCGCAACCGAUACAAAGCAACCAAUACACGUCAUUUCCACCCCGCCCUCAAAGAUACGCAGGGACUGUUAAAGCGAGAGCUGGGGAAAAAGGACAAUAUUCCCAAGUAUUCGAGAAAGCACCACCCAGUCCCAGAGCAGCGACAUUGGGGCGCCAAAGACGGAGUGGUUUAAGUGAUGAACCGCAUUCAUCUGGAGCCCUGCAAACGCAGACUUUAGACCGAAAGAGAACUGUAAAUAGUAUGAAAUGUAUGGCAACAAUCCAUGCCACAGGCCGAGGACGUGGGAGGAACUCUAUUCAAAGACCUCGGGGCGUCGCAAUCGAGCAGCUAAUUGCUGAAGAGUGCGGUGAAAUCAUUAUGAAGAGCUGUCAAGAAGAAGCCGAAGACUCUGAAGAUGCUGACGAAAUAAUUUGUCCACACGACACGCCGUCGCGAGUGCCUUUGAUAUGGAGCGAAGAGAACCAGAAGAUAAAAAGUUGCGCGGUGCCCAGUUGCAGCGCAUCAACCAGCGUUCAACAUCAGAGCAACAGCGUGGAACACUGUCAAAUCCCAGCCGGGAUAGUGUUGUUCCUGCUUCUAGCUUACAUAUGCAUCGGUGCCGCAAUAUUUUCCAUCUGGGAAAAUUGGAGCUUCCUUGACGCGGCGUACUUCUGCUUCAUUGCGCUGGCCACCAUAGGCUUCGGAGAUUUCGUGCCUACCAGCUUCCUCACGUCGAAGUCGAAUACGGAAAACUCGAGGAACGAAUACAUCCAAAUGAUCGCGUGCUGUGCCUAUCUAGUUUUCGGACUGAUCCUGAUAGCGAUGUCGUUCAGUCUGCUACAAGACGAAGUCGUCGCUCGGUGCUCGCAGUUAGCUAACAGUCUUGGUUUAUCACGUACA